CUUAAUAUUUAGUUUCAUUUCUCAAUAGAAGGUUCACUUUUGGUUGUUAGGAGAGCAGCUUCACUGCUGUUGCUGUCAUCCAGGGGUUUUGCAUUUUGGUAAUAACAGCAAAGAUGGGGACAGAAGAGAGUACCCUGAAAAAGAAUGGCUACGAACUAGAAAAAGAAACAGAAAAUGCUGUUGUUGCUACAAAGGGAGAUGACAAAUUUAUCAUAAAAAAGAUCCUUUUAAAGCAGACACCUAGAGAAUUAAUCUCAGAGAUAGAAGUCUACAAGACAACAAACCAUCCUCAUAUUGUGAACAGCAAGAACUCUUUUAAAGAUGAAAACGUAUACUAUGUAGUGAUGGACUACUGUCAGGGAGGGAACCUUGCUACAAAGAUCAGAGAGAGUGUGGAUAAGAAGCAACCUUCUGAAGAGUCUCAGGUACUGAGCUGGAUUGUUGAGAUCUGCAUGGCUUUGAAAACCAGUCAUGAUAAAGGCUUGCUUCACAAACAUCUGACGCCAGAGAACGUGUACUUCACCGAAUUUGGAACAGUAUGCUUGGGCGAGUUUGGAAAAAUCCAUGAAAAUUCAAAAAACACCAAGUCAAAUCGGUUGAAAACAAUAAAUUAUCUGGCACCAGAAGUCUUCACACAGGGGACCUAUGAUGCUAAAAGUGACAUUUGGUCAGUGGGAUGCAUACUGUAUGAGCUCUGUACUCAAACAUCAGCGUUCACAGCAGAGACUCCAGUCAAGCUCAUGCCCAAGGUAAUAGGUGGCCCUUACCCAUCUAUCCCAGAUACUUUCUCACCAGAGCUUCGUGAACUACUGAAAGAUAUAUUGGAAAAAGACCCUCAAUCAAGACCAACAGCCAGUGAGAUCCUGGAGCAUCCUGUGGUUUUAAGCUUUUGUCUCAUAGAAAAGUGCAAAACAACUGUGAAGGAACUCCAGGAAAAGUUGAAACAGCUAAGGGAUCUGGCUGACGGUUUGGAAAGUGUCCACACAAACACCACCAUCGGGAGUCUGACAGGAGGAGUGAUUGGAGCAGCAGGAGGGAUUACAGCUAUAGUGGGACUUAUACUGUCCCCCUUCACUUUGGGAGCUUCUCUUAUUGUCACUGGGGUUGGAAUAGGAGUAAGUACACUUGGUGGAGUCACUGCUGGUGCCUCAAAUAUCAGAAAUUUAGUCAAAAGCUCCUCUGAUCGCAAAGCUGUCAGAACUAUCAUUAAAGAGUUUGAAGAGAAAAUGAAAGCAGUCAUCACCUGGAUCAAACAGAUUAAUGAAAGUUUACAGGCAAUCAGGAGCAGAUUUGAGUCAGCUGAUCUCAGCACUGAGCAUACCGAGUUCAGUCCAGAAAACCUCGUCAGGCUUGGCUCCAGGGCGGGGAGGGGACUAGGUGGCAUUGCAGAACUGGUUCGUCUAGUUCAAGUGGUGAACGUUGGCAAGAUUGUAGCACAGACAUCCAGGGCAAUACGUGUGGCAGAGGUAGCAACAGGUGUGUUUUCUGGGUUAUUUUUGGCAGUGGAUCUCUUCUUCAUUGCCAUGGAUGCAAAAGAGAUUCACCACAUUAGACAGGCAAAGGCAGCAGAGAGAAGAGGUGAAGCUAGUUCUGAGUCAGUGUCCGAGACUGAAACCCCCUCUGAUCAGGCUUCACUAGUGCCCAGCUCACCGAUGCAAGAGUCUGAAGAAUCAGAGACACAGGACCAGUCUUCCCAAAAUACCACUCCAAUCAGAUCUGAGCUCAUGAAAUUUGUCCGAUCAAUCAGGGAGGCAGCAGACAACUUGCAGAAAGUCUUGGAUGACUUCAAAAGCGUCAUCUCAUCUAUCCCUUCACUUCAGAAUGAGAGAGAGCAUGGAUGGAGAGAUAUGGAAUUAAUGUAACCAAAAGGUUGGUUGAUUGGUGGGUCGACAUGCUCUUUGUCUUGCUCUUGUAACUUUCUUCAGUCACUGUCUAAUAAUGAAUACUGCAUCAUAAUGAUUUUGAGCUUUACACUUCUUGUUAUUUUUUAUUUGACUGUCAAUAAUAAUUCAACUCGUGUUAGGCUACUCAUUAAAGUAAUGUUGAAUGUGUAUUGUAAGGUAAAACUAUGCAUUUCUUUUUCAUGAAGUUUUACAGUGCUAGCAACCUGAAAAAGGGGACAUUUAUAGAUGGUAUGUUUAUUAUAUAUUUUGCACCACAAACACAGAAUAUUGGGCACUGUUAGUACACAUAGCAUACCACUUUGCUCCAAUGCAUACUGCAAAUCAACUGCCAAUGUACAGUGCAAUCCUCUAAUGUAUGAUGUGGUUAUUUUAAAAAAGUCACAAAUUGACUAGUUUUAUUCAGGUAGGAGCUCCACAGUUGCUAGCAAUCUCAACAUUUAGUUUACUUUUUGUCUCUUCUUCAAAUAUUUUGUACAUUGAUUAAUUUCUUUAUUUUUUUAAAUACAGUCAAAGCCCUAAUGUGUAGAAUUUGAAAUAGUUUUACUUUGAUGGCACUGUGGCACAUCCCAGUGCACAUGGAUUCAGAUCUGACCCUGGAACAAAUGGGCUUAAAGCCACAUAUAAACUUCUUUCUACAAACAAUAACUUGCUUUUGAAACAAAUCAAACAAUCAAACAAACUUGUUUUUGAAAAAGGAUUGUAUCACAUUGAUAUUCUACAAAAAGGGGCUUUGAAGCCCCAAAAGGGGCUUUGACUGCAUUCAAAUGUGCACGCUUAUGGGUCAUUUGCCAAGCAAAAUCUUUGUACUAGAUAAUUUUCUGUAAACAUGAAGCAAUAAACUACAAGCUUUGCAUUACCAUAUUAAUGCAUUUAUAAUACAUACAUUACUGUAAACAUCUGUACUGAUGAAAAUUAAAUGCAAGCUGAAACCUGC